CGGAGGUGAGGCAAAAAGCUGCGGUUUGGGCUGUGACAGGGAGCUCUGCUGCCGGCUUUGCUCACUUCCUUCCCGGCCCGGUUGCAGAGUCAUCGAAUUCAGCUGAAUUAGUGAUCCGUCCCCUCACUGAUCCCAGCACCACAGAAACAACAUGGAUGGGAUGAGGUAACUGCAGACGUGCGACCAGAACCACAUUUCAAUGGAUACGAAGUACAAAGAAGAUCUCUUCAGAAAAUAUGUACAGUUUCACGAAUCCAAGCUGGAAGCAUCAGAUAGUAAGCAGCGAGCAGUCAGUGAUGAGUACCUCCGUACUGCCGCCUCAGCCUUACUCAGCCUGCCGAAAAUUGAUCCCAUUUAUAGAUUCCGGCUGAUCAGAUUUUACGAAGUCUGUGAAAACUCAUUGAAAACCUUGCGGACAUCCAAUCUACGUUCACUUCACAAUGCGGCAGCUAUGCUGGAGACGAUUGGUAUUAAUCUAUUUCUUUAUCCCUGGAAGAAAGAGUACAAAAAUAUUAAGACAUACACUGGGCCCUUUGUAUAUUAUGUGAGAGCUGCUUUAAUCGAUGAUGACAUCCGCCACAUAUUAAACCAUAUGGGUUAUGUACAGGAACAAGGGGCAGUCUACAGACUAAAGGACCAUGUAGACACCACACAAGUGAAGAGAGUCUCCUUUGAACUUUUUCUAGCCCGAGUUGAAUGUGAACUUCUACUGGAAAUCUUUCUGCAAGUAAAGGAUAAAGGUUACUUGGAAGUGGAUGUGGUGAAUGAGCGUAAGAACAGCAAUGAAGAUGUCAGGGGGUGCACAGAUGAAAUGAAGAGACGCGUGGAGUUUAAGGAAUCCUUAAACAUAUCCAUGGCGCGAAUGGUCCUUCAGAAGUCUGCCAGCGAGAGGGCUCCAUCCAAGGAUUAUUUCAAGCAGAAGGUAACAAAACCAUCCAAGUCAGUCGACACCUAUGAAAGCUACUGGGACAGCAAAAACAAGCCACCGCUUACUGCAUCCCUGAGCCUGCGUAAGGAGCCCAUCUUGGUAGAUACUGAAGAUGAUCUCAAAGAUGAAAUCAUCCGUCCCUCGCACUCCUUGCUGGCUAUGCCCAGCUCUUUGCAUGGCUGCUCUGAUGAGUUUUUAAACAUUUCCUCCAACCCCAAUGGGCUAUUACGAGCCAAUGCUACAUACGGCUACUUCUCCAACGAAGAUGAUGUAGACUUGUACACGGACAUGGAUUCUAGAUUACUAAAUGUAAAGCGGCAGGAGCUGGCCAAGCCUGAUUCCUGGCUGUUUGAAAACAAGAUGAACCCAUCUUAUCACAAGCGUUCACAUGUAGCCAAAGAGACCGUAUUCAUGAAGUGCCAAAAUUGCGGCGUAUCCUCCGGCAGCCCUGUAUGCCAAAAGUGUGACGGUAUGCUCAUCUACAGACCUGACGGCCCUUUGCUUAAACAGAACAACCUGUCAAUCAAAACUGCUGUACAAAACGACAGCUACUACUCUGGUUCAGCUCUGCGAGAGAAGUCUUCAUAUGGGACCGCGUCCCAGGACCGCGUGUCUCAGCAGAACGCCAAAAUGAAGCCUUCCUCCACGCUGCGUUGCGGCUUUUGCAAUCGAGCCGGAGCUUCCAACACCUGCGCAGUUUGCUCCAAAGUCUCGUGUGAUGCUUGCGUUGUUGCUUACGCUCAUGAAUAUUGUUGCAGAAAAAGUGAUUAUCACAAGUUUGCACCAAACAAUCAGCUAAACUAUAAAUCCUCUCAACUAUCCCAUCUUGUGUACAGAUAAAUGCGCAAAUUACUUUUUUUUUUUUUGUUACAUAUGUUCUCCAUCCUUUUUAUUUUAUUUUUUAUUUUUCCUUCCCCUUUUCUUUAAAAAAAACAAAAACAAAAAAAAGGGCUAAAGGACAGGACCUUUUGAACUGGAAUAUCCCACUAACUGCUAGAACAAAAAAAACACACAAAGGAUUCGGGGAGAAGAUCCCAAUCAGUGUUUUGUGGUUCCUUACAGACAUUGCUGCUAUACCAUGGUGCAAUACAUCCUUAGGCUUGUUAUUUUAAUUAAGAUCCUUACAGCAAGAGAUGUAAUCUGUUCAAAAAGAAUAUAUGUACUUACAAAAAGCCAUGAUAAGGCUUGGCUUCUGAGAAUAGUACAGUGAUCCCUCAACUUACAAUGGCCUCAACAUACAAAAGUUUCAACAUACAAUAGUCUUUUCUGGCCCAUUGUAAGUUGAAACCAGACUCAACAUACAAUGACAAUCUGGACAAAGACAGUCCAGAUCUGUGAAACUCGUCAAUGGCCGAGAGAACUGACCAAUCAGAAUGGGCAAUUUACUGGUAAAACACCUGUAUUAGGAAGCGUAUGCACUGACUGUUGUCUGGUAGUGCCCCCUACGGUACAGAGAGGUAUUACAUGUUCUGUACACUUUACCUGUGCCAGGGUUAGCUGCUCCUUUGGAGACUCCAUGUUACUUUUUUAGGACAUUGCGUGUUCUGUACAGGACCCCGAAGAAGCUCCUGUCCUCUACAUAGACCAGUGUUUCCCAAGCAAGGU